UAAUGCCAUAAUCUUGCUCUAUUUAGUUACUACGUCCAACUUCUUGUACCUAUCAUUGGUCUUAACUUAGUAAAAGAUAAAAAAUUACUCUUAUUGAACUUUUCUUCAAAAAAGUAACAAUCAAAAACUAGUAAUGACCAAAAAGGGUGGUGAAAUAGUCAGACUAGUCAUGCAAGAUUAGAACAUUUGGAUAACAAACCCAAGAUUUAGUCUCCUCACAUUCAAAUCACUUUUCAAUAUAUAUUUCAUUUUAAACUCGCUCAAUUAAUUAACUAUCACCAAUUAAGCUACCAACUCUGUUGCCUUUUGCUUCUUUCUCUCCAUCUCCAUGACACUUAACAUUUCCACGAACUCUCUUGCCUAUAAAUACAUUGGAUUCUUCUUCUCCUCCUCCAUAUCUCUUAUCACCACAAAGUCAUCUCACUUAAUCUUCUUGCUCAAGUUGAAAUAGACGAUGGCAACAACAAGAACCUUUCUAGUUCUUUUCUCUCUUGCUUGUUCUCUUAGUCUCUGCAUCUGCGACGACGAGAGUAACUAUGGCGGUGGUGAAGGGAAUCUUUUCCCAGGUUUCUAUAGAAGCUCAUGCCCUAGAGCCGAGGAGAUCGUGAGGUCAGUUGUAGCACAAGCUGUUGCAAGAGAGGCUCGUAUGGCUGCUUCUCUCAUGAGGCUUCAUUUCCACGACUGUUUUGUUCAGGGCUGUGAUGGCUCGUUGCUUCUAGACAGCAGUGGGAGUAUAGUUACCGAGAAAGGCUCUAACCCUAACAGUAACUCGGCUCGCGGGUUUGAUGUUGUUGACCAGAUCAAAGCUGCAUUGGAGAAUGAAUGCCCUGGAACUGUUUCUUGUGCUGACUUGUUAACCCUAGCUGCUAGGGACUCCUCUGUUCUUACCGGUGGACCAAGCUGGAUGGUUCCUUUGGGAAGAAGAGAUUCGAGAAGUGCAAGCUUGAGUGGCUCAAACAACAACAUUCCUGCACCCAACAACACUUUCAACACAAUUCUCUCGAGGUUUACUAACCAAGGUCUUGAUCUCACCGACCUUGUUGCCCUCUCUGGGAGUCACACCAUCGGAUUCUCAAGAUGCACGAGUUUCAGACAAAGACUUUACAACCAGUCUGGAAAUGGAAGUCCCGACAUAACCUUAGAGCAGUCCUAUGCUACUAACUUGCGCCAGAGGUGUCCGCCAUCAGGUGGAGACCAAACCCUGUCGGAGCUUGACAUCAACAGUGCCGGAAAGUUUGAUAACAGCUACUUCAAGAACUUGAUCGAGAACAUGGGAAUUUUGAAUUCUGACCAGGUCUUAUUCUCUAGCAAAGAGGAAUCUAGCGAGCUUGUGAAGAAAUAUGCAGAGGAUCAGGAAGAGUUCUUUGAGCAGUUCGCGGAAUCGAUGAUCAAGAUGGGGAAUCUCUCUCCCUUGACAGGUUCGAGUGGUGAGAUCAGGAAGAACUGCAGGAAGAUUAACUCUUGAUUUUGUGUGCGAUAUGGAAUAGGAGAAAAAGAAAUGAAAGAUGUUUUCGGGAUUUGGGUUUGUGUUUGUGUUUGUGUUUUUGGUGUCCUUUUGUGUGUGUUUACUAUUUGAAAGUUGAAUGAUGAAACCUUUAUAAUUAAAUAGUGUUAUUUAUAUAAGCGCGAAAUAGUUAUUGCUU